CCCCCCUACAUAUUUUUUUGCUGCUCUUCAUUCAUUGACAUAAAAUCAAGAUUUAGGCGGACACGCUGCGGAAACCGUUUGCCACCUCAACCCUCUCUCCCACAUCCAUGGACUUGCUUCCCUCGUUCCCUCGGUGACCGUGAGGGGGGAAGUUGGGCUCCUCUCUGUAGACAUUCCUGUAUGAAGAGGGCGCAGGUGGCAGCCAAAGGUCGCAGUCAUGCCGAUGCAUCCAGUCACCUCCACGUUGAUGUACCGGGGGAUCUGCACCAUCCCUGACAUCCUCUCCUACAGCGCCCCGGUGAACCUGCCCGAAGACGAAGUUGAAGAAAUCCGCGAGGCCUUCAAAGUGUUCGACCGCGAUGGGAAUGGAUUCAUCUCGAAGCAGGAGCUGGGAAUGGCCAUGCGCUCCCUGGGCUACAUGCCAAACGAGGUGGAGCUGGAAGUCAUCAUCCAGAGACUGGACAUGGACGGCGACGGACAGGUGGACUUCGAGGAGUUUGUCACUCUUCUGGGCCCAAAGCUGACAGCAGCUGGGAUGCCAGAUAAGUUCAACGGCACUGACUUUGACUCCGUUUUCUGGAAGUGUGACAUGCAGAAGUUGACAGUGGAGGAGCUCAAGAGGCUUCUGUACGACACCUUCUGCGAUCACCUUUCAAUGAAAGACAUCGAGAACAUCAUCAUGACUGAGGAGAACCACAUAGAGAACCCUGAGGACUGCCAGGUGGAUAUAGACAGUUCCAGCCCGACACAGCAAGUCAAGCAGACUUGUGUGCGCAAGAGCCUGAUAUGCGCCUUCGCCAUUGCUUUCAUCAUCAGCGUCAUGCUCAUUGCAGCCAAUCAGGUGCUGCGGAGCGGCAUGAAAUAA